AUGGAUAAAUUUUCAUUCUACAAAAUCAAAUGGCUCAGUGUUGCAAUUUUCAUGUUCUCGACUAUUGGAUUAACGACUCAAACCCCAGUUGAAAUAGUGCUACAUAAUGCUGCUCAAGGCCCUAGAGUUAAGCCUGUAAUGGGAUGGAACUCUUUCUAUCCUUUUGGCUGUGGGAAACAUGUAAAAAUUAAAGGUCUAAAAUGGCAAGCGGACUUGAUGGCUCAGAAGGGUUUCAUAAAAGCUGGAUAUACAACUUUUAUCAUUGAAUGCGGAUGGGAGGCUGGGUCCACACAUAUUCCUUUUGCACCACAUUAUGAUCUAAUAUACAAACACAGAGUUUUGGGAAAUUAUGCUCAUUUUCGAGAAGACUUCAGAGGUAGGCAACUUCGUCUUGGUUUUGGUACUUGGGCAGGACCACAAAUAUGCCCAAGAUAUGAGGGUGAAAAUUCACAUGCAAAAUCCAAAAAGAACCUUCAGGCAUACAUGCAUGUUUUAUUUAAAGCCCUUGGUGCAACCUAUAUAUCUCACAGGCCUUGUGACUGGGCAAAACCUGAAAUAUUGCAAAAUCCUGAUUCAGCCAAUCAAGUGAAUUCACGCUACAUUGAAAUGGAAAGUGAACUAGCAAAGACUGGUUCCCGGAAUGAAAUAUUUUAUGCCACUGGACAGUGGGGGGCUUCCCCAUCAGCUAAAGAUACCAAAGCCAAUAGCUGGCGAAUAGCUGAUGACACCCUAGAUAACUGGAACUCUUUUAUCAGGACAUUAAAUGCACUUUACCCAUAUUCCCUCUCAAACAAAGGCCCAUAUAAUGACCUAGGAUUUCUCCAAUUUGGUGAAAAUAAACUAACAAUGGCAGAGAAGAGAACACAAUUUUGCUUUUGGGCUGCAGCAAAAUCUCCCCUAAUCAUUUCAACUGAUAUAUCCCGCCUCAGUCAGGAGGAAAUAGAACUACUGACAAACCCCAGGGCAAUUGCCAUCAAUCAAGACAACCUGGGGAAAAGUAUCACCCUAAAUCGCCGAUACCCUGCUGACAUGGAUAUAUGGAGUGGGCCUCUCAGUGAUGGUAGUACAGUUGCAAUCAUAAUAAAUUGGUCUGAUGAUAGCUCACAAAAAACCAUUCAGCUUGAAGAUUUGGGUUUUUCAUCUGCACAUGUGGUUGAUGUACUGACUCAAAAAGAUCGGGGAAUUAUCAACAAAACUCUAAUCACCACAAUUGACAAGCACGGAUGUUUGUUAAUCAAGUUAACUGAAACCAGGCCGGCUCUCAAGAGAAAUUUCCAAGAUUUCCCGGUUGAAGUAGCUGAAAUAAAGGGUUCUGCCACAAUAAAACUGACUUCUCAAGGUGUUAAAGUAGCAGGUAACCUCAUGCCUGAUGGUAAAAGUGGAGUGCGCUGGAGCAAAAUUCCUGGUUCAAAGAAUGGACCCACUUUGGUCCGCUUGAGUUACAUCAAUGCAGAUCUGUCUCCGGGGAACAUGGAUGAUUCAAAAUUAAACUUCAAGCACACAGCUUUUAUCAUAAAUAACAGUGCCCCCUAUUAUGCAGAUUUACCUAUAACUGGACUUACAUGGGAUGAUAUGGCUGAAGGAUUUCUUGUAGCACUUCCCCUUAAACCUGGAGAAAAUACAAUCUUUAUUCAAGGAGAAGCUGGUCAGUAUGCCCCAGACUUUCAUAAAUUGUCAGUUGAGAAAACAGAGUAG